AUGAUCUUCAGAGAUAAACGCAAUGUCUUUGAUGAAAAUCUUGAGCUUUUCAAAUCGCUGUCAUCUCGGAAAGAUUUCCAAAGUAAAGAGCAGCUGGAAGACAAUAAUGAUGAUUCUACGAAGAUUAUAGAAAAAAGAACUCUGGAAAAGUACUUUGAAGAUGAGCAGAUGCCGUGCAAGAAAAAGUGGGCUGGCUACCUCACUAGUCAAUUAAAACAUUUUGACUAUGUGAUAACACAACAUGUCGAGAGUAGCCAUAAUAAUCUGAAAAGAAAAAUCCCGGCUCUUCAGUCAUUGAACUUUUCAUUUAAGCAAAUUUGCUCAUAUCUUCUCCAGUUCAAGGGUGACUAUCAGGACCUUGAGUUGAAUGAGGCAACUAUCACAGAUGCCAAAAUAUACCAUGAACCUUGCCUCCGUGGAUUGAUUCACCACGUCUCCAGAAUUGGUUUGAUCACCAUCUGUGCUGAGCUUCUAGAAGAUGUUCUACCUGGUGAGCUUUGCAAUUGCAGAGUAAAAGUGGUGUUUGGUCUUUCUUGUCGCCAUGAUCUGCCAAGAGAUCGUAUGUUGCUAUUAUCAGACAUUCCUGAAAGAUGGAUUCUGUCUUCUUCUUUGGGUGAAUGUUUGAAGCAACUGGAAUGUGACGUUUCUCUACAGAAAAUCGAUGUUGAAAAGCCUGCCCCAUGGGUGAAAUGUAUAACAAAGCUUGAACAAUUGUUUCAUCAGUGUGAAGGGAAUCAACAAGUCCAGAAUCUUAUGGCAAUGGUUGAUGAACUUGUUGACAAUGCUGGUGAAAUAAUUGACCAUCCAAAUGUUGUAUUUCCUUUGGCAAGUGAGGUCAAAGCUCCUGGAAGAUCUAAGCACAUCAAAAGGAAAACUACUUUCCCAAAGGACUUUGUCCGUCACAAGCACAGAUAUCUCCUUGUGCAAAAGAACAAAAAUGAUAUCAGAAGUAUUUUGAAAGAAGGACUUAAAGAAGUGAUGAAGGAGUUCUUAGAAAAGAAGCCUCUCAAAAAAAUCAUAAAAGAAAUAAAAAAAGAAAUCCAAUUUGCUAAAAAGCAAGAGCCUCUUGAAGAAGCUGAAAAAUAUUCCUCUAAACUUAAAAGUCCUAAACAUCUCCAAGACGACUACUGA